UCAACACUCCACAUUGAUCAGAUAGCAGUAAGAAACAAACAUGUCUGACGACAUUCAUGAAGAUGCAGAUUCUUCCAGUAAAGGACCUGGCUACAAAACAGAAAAUAUAAAUAUGAAUGCAGUUCCGAAAAGUUCUCAGCAAAGAAUGAAGCACAAUGAGAUUCAGGAUCAUUCUGGGGGUCAAAAUCAUCGUCCCUACAAACUGGCUGUGGUGUUUCUUGGGCUGCUGUGUGUUCUCCUUUUGGCUGUCAUCAUAGGAGUGUGCAUUAAAAUGCAGGAGACAAGACAUUUACAGCUUAGCUACAACAACCUGACUGAAGAGAAAAACCAGUUAGAGAUCCGUAAUGAAAACUUGAUUGGAGAGAAGGAACAGUUACAGUUUAGCUACAACAGCCUGACUGAAGAGAAAGGCCAGUUAGUGAUCCAUAAUAACAACUUGAUUAGAGAGAAUGCACAAUUACAGGCAAGAAACACCGCACUGAGUAAAGAUCUGGAAACCAACAUCAGUGUUAUGGCUGGUGAGCGGGAUGAACUUCAGUCAGAUCUUUCCAAUCUCGAAUCACAUGACAUGAAGAGAAUUAAAAGUCAUGCAGUGGAUGUGACUCUGGAUCCAGACACAGCACAAGCCUCCCUAAUCCUGUCUGCUGAUGGGAAACAAGUGAGACAUGGCGACACACAGCAGAAUGUCCCUGACAACCCCAAAAGGUUCAGUCCUGUUGUAAAUGUCUUGGGAAAACAGGGGUUUUCCACUGGCAAAUUCUACUAUGAGGUUCAGGUCAAGGGGAAGACUGGGUGGAGCUUAGGGGUGGCCAGAGAGUCCAUUACCAGGAGGGGGAAAAUAACUCUGUACCCUGAGAAUGGAUACUGGACAAUAUGGCUGCGUAAUGGGACUUAUGAAGCACUAGAUGAUCCCUCUGUUCCCCUCUCCCUGAAAGAGAAGCCCCAGAGGGUGGGGGUGUUUGUGGAUUAUGAGGCAGGUCUGGUCUCCUUUUAUGAUGCAGACUGUUGGUAUCAUCUCUACUCUUAUGCUAAUGUUACCUUCACUGAGAAGCUUUACCCAUACUUCUCUCCUUGGCUUAAUGAUGGAGGUAAGAACUCCGCUCCUCUUAUCAUCUCCUCAGUUCAUAUCUGCCCUAUCAAGUAAUGUAUCAUGAUGGGUGUUUUAUAAAGUCAGACUCCAGCAGUUUAUUACAUACCUUAAACUCUCUAUUCAGAAGGUUAUUUUUUCAUAGAAAAUCUUGCUGCUUAUUUUGCUUUGCUAAUUAUUUCUCUUGUAAAAUAAACAAGUUAUUUCAUAUGCUAAGCCCUGUUCUUAUUUAGAGAUCUUAUUCAAAUUAAUCUCAGUGCUUUCAUAAACCAAUUUGUAUUUGCAUAUGUCCCUGAUUAUUAUCGUAUAAAUUGUUUUGUGACACAACUCAUUUACAGUGCACUGGGUAGGCUACUGAAGGUUGCACAAAAUACCCAAGCAGUGCACUCAGGUAAUCAAGUAACACCAUCUGAGCUUUUAGGUUGAAAUCUUGUUAACCACAAUGCUAGACAAUAAUAGAGUGUACUGUAUCUGUGUUUUAUUUUAGACCAUGAUUGAUAAGCAAUAGACAUUUUAGAGUAAUAUAUACUGCAGUGGUUUAUGCUUGCUUGUAUACCGGUACUCAAAUCAUAGAGUGUAUAAAUAAGGAUUCAGUUGCAUUGUUUUAGAUAUAUUUUAUACCACAUCUUGGUGAAUAAAUAUACAAUUUACAAUCUGCACUUGGUGGAAAGUUGUUCCCAAAUUCUGUUCAACAUACAUGAUCCCCCAUUUUUUUUAUUUUUUUUUAAGUUUCCCACUUCAAAAGAUACAACAAUGUAUGAAUGCAUUUCAGUGAGUUUGAAAUUAACCAGGAUUUCACACUAAAGCUGUGACAUUACAAGGCCACUUAUUAUGACCGCUGUAGUAUAGUUAUCCAUGCCGCUGCUGGCCAUUUGGGUGUCCUAAGCAAUUGCUUUGCCAUUUAUGUUAUAUAUUAUGAACAAAUAUCAUAUCAUCAUUGCAUGUAAUAUGUUGUUCCUGCAUUUUGACAUUGUAAACAGUCAGAAGAAUGAAAAGCAGUUUGAAGUAAAGCUACUUACUAUUAGUGACUGGGCUAUCAGUGAAAUGGAGGAGUAGGGGGAGGGAUGACUUUUGCGAACGCCGGGGCGUGUGGCAUAAUAAAAAGAAGGCCGGCUUAAAUACUCUUGGAGCGGGAGGCGCGGUGAGUUAAUUGGUGUCAAUCAUCCCUAAGGGCUCCUCCCGAACUUUGUUUAGAAAACAUCAUUAAAUUGCACAUUUUUUAUCUGUUCAAAAUGUCCUGUUUGAGCUACAUUUAGUUUACUUUUAGGUGGUGGUAAUUUGCUAAUUCAUUUGUUUAUUAUUAUUAUGAUUAUGAUUAUUAUGAUUUGCUCACAUUAGUAAUAUGUUUUGUAAUAUUCUUUGUUUGUAAAAUUCAAUUGUUUUGAUUUAUGUUUAGUUUUUGUGCUUAGUCUUACAGUAAUCAUUUAUUUUUGGUUUAGACACCUGGGGGCAGUAAUGAGCACAGGUAAAGGUGUGUGUGCGCGUAUAUAGGUAGGAAGUAGG